AUGGCGACCAAACCGGCAGUUUGGACAAUUUGUGUAAGCUUAUGUCUUGUCCUUUUUCACGCUGGUGAGUGGGUUAUUAAUUUACAACAAUAUAUAGAUCGCAUAGUUUUAGUUCAUGUCACCAAAACGGAAAUUUUAAAUGUAAUCAAGUCUUCUUCAAGCAGGCCAAAAUUGUGCAUGGUUUUGGCAAAUUUUGACAACUGACUUGUUUAGCUUUCGACUUGUCUAUCUUAAAGCCACGUUUGGUUUUAUUAUUUACCAUUGUUUUUAACCUCUUUCAAGCGACCACUUGAUGCAUGAUGUGUUCUCUGUUUGCUUUAUGUAGUACGCCGCAAAAUGUACAAGAAUAACUUUCGGAGACAACAUGGAACUAUUCUGAUACAUAUUGAACUUAGAUAAAUUAUCUUCCAAGAAUUAGAUGUGUUGAAACUUCUUCCCGGAAGAGACCCUCUUGUUUGUCGAAUCUCAUAAGUGAUCACCAAAUUUUUAAAUUUUGCAGGGCUGUCAACUCUCCCGGAUAAUCCGGUAGACUCCAGAUUUUGAACCGUCCCUCCCGGUCUUCAGAUUAGAGUCUCAAAUCUCCCGGAUAAUCACCAAAGUUAGCCAUUUCUUGUAGAUUCGACUUUCUGACAAUGAAAUUUCAAAUAUUUUGCAUUGUUUGAGCUAUUUUACUGUUAACAUUGAACGUUUCCUCACAAACUCCGGUAUGCCAUUAAAAUAUAAGCAAUAAUGUGUUUGGUGGGAAGUAAACCAGUUAGGUCAAAUGUUACAAUUCCAACAAAAUCUUUUUCGCGUGUCUUUUUUUUUCACAAAUUUCGUAAUCUGCCAUGCAUUAUGAUGUCAUCUAUCAUCCCCCUUCCCCAUCAGUUCUCAAUAUUUGAAGACAUGUUGACAGCCCUGAUUUUGGGUGGUUGCUUACAGGAGGUUCAACUGUUAUACUGCACAUUUAUUGUUACCUCACUAUUACCUCACAUAUGAUUGAUAACACAUAUUUAUAUUUUUAUUGUCAUCUGAUGAUAAUGAUGGUUUGAUUAAUUAUUUUAAACAGCUGCAGGAGAUAAGGUUGCUCAGAAAAUUUAUCAAGACCUUUAUGGAAUAAAACCUUGUGUCAUCCUAACAAAUGCUACACAUCAAAUUGGCUGUACCUGUAAGUAACCUGGAUUACACUGCCUUCUUAGUACAGAGUGUAGUAAUGAACUCUAAUCUCAUGGGUGACAAAUUUCUUUGUAACUUUGGCAUGAAAUUUCAACACUUAUACUACUACAGGAGAAAUUUCUGCAAUUUGAUUGGCUUAGAGCAGUGGUAUUUCAGCUUAAUUUGAAAUACCUACAUGUGAAAAUUACAAACCUUUUGCAGGUAGUGGUAUAAACAAAUAAUAGCAUGAUUUGUAGUGAUAUUUGGCAUAAAUACCACUUGUUGUAUUUUUUCUCAAAAUGUUUACCUGUAACAAUUUUGAAAUGAAUGAAAACAAAAUUUCUAUGGCAACAUUCUGUAUGUUUCAGUGCCAAAAUGGUGUCAAGGUUUUAGAAUGUUAUGAACGAAAAUAUCAGUGCAUUAAAAGACACUUGAGAAAUUAACCUAACACAUGAAAGAGCACAUCAAGAAGGAUUCUAACAGGCAUUUUGUUGAAAAUUUCAGAAAAUUGUGAAAUUGAAACAAACUUUAUGCGCUAAACUUUUCAGUGCCUGGAGUUCUCGAUGCAAUUAACCAGUAAAAAACAAUGAUUAUGAGCAUAAUUUGUCACCCGUGAUAUUGGACAAAAUGCAUGUGAAGUUGUUCCCCAAUUUUACUUUUUACCAUUUGAUUACACUUACAACUACUUGUGACAAACAACACACAACUUAAUUGUGACAAACAACAUCACCCCACUAGUAAACUAUAUGCAUGCAACACAUCAAUGGGAAAUUCAAAAUUCAAUGUUUCGGACGCCAGUACACUGUUUUUUCCAGACUUUUUAAGGGCUUAAAACAUGCUUCAAAUUAUAGAGGGUAUAAUAAUGUCAAAAUGAUCUGAGGGGAAACAAAAAUUACUUUGAGUUAACAGCGGGAGGUUCAAGUUAUUGAGGGUUCGAGUUAUCGAGGGUAAAAUUACAGUAAAUUAAUGUAUGACGGAAAUCCACGUGAAAUUGAUUUUGGCUUGAGUUAGUGCAAGGUUUGAGUUGCGAGGGUGCGAGUUAUCGGGAGUCAACUGUAUAUGUAUUGAAAGGUAAGGAUAAAAUUUAAUGAUAGCAGCUACUCCUUACAUGUAGGCUGUGCCACAGACGAAACUAAACUCUGGUUAAGUCUGUCUGCAAAACAGUGCCGAAAUCCUUGUUGUGGGUCCCCACCUGUGUACCAGGAUUUGAGUACACGCCAUGAUUGACCUGUUAAGAAAGCCAUUGUGGAUUUUUCAAACAGGUUGAAAAGAAAUUCAAAACGCUUCUGUGGUAAUUCAUUGAGUCAGGAUUUGAGUUUGUGCCAUGAUUGGCCUGUUAAAAAAGCCAUUGUGGAUUUGUCAAACAUGUUGAAAGGAAAUUCAAAACGCUUUUCUUGUAAUUGAUUGAGUCAGGAUUUGAGUUUGUGCCAUGAUUGGCCUGUGAAGAAAGCUAUUGUGGAUUUGUCAAACACGUUGAAAGGAAAUUCAAAACGCUUUUCUUGUAAUUCAUUGAGUCAGGAUUUGAGUUUGUGCCAUGAUUGGCCUGUGAAAAAGGCUAUUGUGGAUUUGUCAAACACGUUGAAAGGAAAUUCAAAAUGCUUUUCUUGUAAUUCAUUGAGUCAGGAUUUGAGUUUGUGCCAUGAUUGGCCUGUGAAGAAAGCUAUUGUGGAUUUGUCAAACACGUUGAAAGGAAAUUCAAAACACUUUUCUUGUAAUUCAUUGAGUCAGGAUUUGAGUUUGUGCCAUGAUUGGCCUGUGAAGAAAGCCAUUGUGGAUUUCUCAAACAGGUUGAAAGGAAAUUCAAAAUGCUUCUUUGGUAAUUCAUUGAGUCAGGAUUUAAGGUUGCGCCAUGACUGGCCUGUGAAGAAAGCCAUUGUGGAUUUGUCAAACAGGUUGAAAGGAAAUUCAAAAUGCUUCUUUGGUAAUUCAUUGAGUCCAUUGGAAGCCCAGAACAAGGAUUUUCGAUGCUGCUUCACAGAUGUUACUAACUGAGGUUGAAUUAUGUCUACGAUGCAAGCUACUACAUGUACUCCUUUAUUGCAAAGGACUGGGUUCUUCCCUUUAGCCCUUUAAGCCCCAAUAAUUAUCCACAUACAAAUUCUCCAAACUGAUCUCCAUAGAUUUUCUUAAGAAUUACUUGAAAGAAUUUGAUAAAAGAUCAUGGCAUUCUCCCUUUGGUGAUCAUUUUAUUAAUUCUCAUAACUUUAUCUCUUGACAAUGUAUGGAUAUUAUUAGGAGAAAAUUAUUUUUGGUCACUAUUGGCACUUAAAGGGUUAGUGUAAUUCCAAAAAUAAGCCCCGGGCUUAUAUUUUUCAAAGGCCCUUUUUGAGGGGCUUAUUUUUGGAGGGGCUUAUAUUCGGAGGGGCUUAUAUACGGAGGGAAAUUUGCGUUUCUAAAUCUAUUGGGGUAGCUUGCAGUGGGAAGGAAAUUUACCAUUUUUGCUUUGUUUAACCUUGUAUUCGAGGGCAAAUUCCAAGUACAAGCCCCCCCGGGGGGCUUAUAUUCGAAGGGGCGAUUUAAUGGAGGGUUUUUUGCAUUACGAUUUUGGGGGGCUUAUAUUUGGAGGGGCUUAUACAUGGAGGGGCUUAUUUUCGGAAUUUUAUGGUAUAUUACAUGACGUAUAUGAUUAUGUUUUUCAUUCGUUACUUAAAUUACAGCUAGUAUGUAUGGCCAUGUUGGAGUGCUUCACUAUAUUGAAAAUGAAACAGACGUUGAUUGGAUCAUAGAAAAUGGAAUUCAUGCACCUUACAUUCCAUUGUUCAGAUCGGACCUUUUUGACUUGUAAGUAUCGUUAACAACUGUGUCGCUUAGUAGAGCUGGGUGCCUGUCCAGUAGAGCUCUUAGUAGAGCUGGGUGUAUGUCCAGGGACUUCCACUUGGGCACAUCCAGCCCCUUGGUGCUGUGUGUCCUGAUGAGUUGUGAUUCUGCACAUCUCAGCCACGAUUCUCCCCGGGGGUGGUACUCCCUUACAAGAGGCUGAUAGGGAUGUGCCGCUGGAUGGGGUCGCAUUUUCAUGACUGGAUUGACUAUAAUGGAGUCGCAUUUUCAAUAGAUUUACUAGAAUGGGGUCACAAAUUUUCGGAUUUUGGGGGUAAGUAGGGAUUCAAAAUGGGGAGAUUCUCUGUUAAAAAAAUCAGAAAGUUGUUGUUUAUUAAAUUUAACAAUAAGUUUGCAUUGACUGCAUUACAUUCCACCACCUGGAACCACAUUGGUAAGGUAGAUGCAUAAAUAGAAAGUGACUACGUUGGGAUCAUGAAAAUUACAUUUUCCAAAAAGUGACUAAGAUGGGGUCUAUAAUUGGCCAAAAAGUAGACUAUAAUGGGGUAGGGCUCUGAGAGGCCAGCGGCACAUACCCUGCAAACAUUAACCCAAGUACCCCCCCUGGAUUCCCCAUUUUAACAGGACUAGACACCCACCACAUCAACUAAUCAGUGGGAAAAAAAAGUAAACACAAGAUCUAAAUGAAAGGCUAAACAAACCCAGUGGCACAGAAUGCUGUACCAAGCACAUGGAGCUGAUGCAAGCAAGGCUAACUGUGCCUGUACCACCAAAUCUACUGCUGGCCAACAGCACGAGAUUGCACUUGUAGUUGUUUCCUGUAUUAAAUUUCAUUGUUGAAUUAUUUAUUUUAAGUUUUAUUAGAACUAUGUAGUCAUUGAAACAAACCUCACUUCUAUUCAUACGGGUAAUUUUUUUUUAGACGUCUUCUUAAACGACUGAAGGACAAAAACAAGAUCAGUGGAGCCCUGGCAAUAGCUGUCCCAUCUGGAAAAUACAGAUAUACUCCAGAAAACGGUUCACACCUUCUUUAAUCAUUUCUUUGUUAUUGAUGUCUUAAAACGUCAGACUUCUUUAUUUCUUAUGGUUUGAAGCCUGAUCUAGUCAAUGUACCAUGCAGCAAGGUGUUUUGGCAAAGUAACGCACAAGAAUUUUAUUAAUAUUUUUUGAGCAUGAAGUAAAAUGUCAGGGUGUGUUAUCUGACAUGUGCCAAUCAUGGGGAGUGAAGUCCAGAAACAUCCCUUGGGGGUCGCCAUGUAGGAUGUGUGGGUCUGUCUGUGACUGAUGGGACAAUGUUGUGCUUAAAGGUGCCUCUCACAUGGAGGACAAGAAAGGGUAGCUGGGUCUGUGGGGUAUCCAUCAGUCUCUGAACUAUAAGGGUAAGGUGUAGGGUUACAGACGGCUGGGGUGUUUUUCCUUAAGGUGUUUUUGCUAUAGAAUUAUGUUUAAGCAAUUGAAAACGUUUUCCCUGUUUGCAUAUUCUAGAAUUCUCCCAACCCCUCGAGUGUUUAUGUCAGGCUAAGAUCCGCAAAAUUCAGAAAAAAAGUUUCCUAUUGCUUUUAUUAUACAUUAACUUUCCCAAGAAAAAUCAAAAAACUCUUUGUUAUGGCACUGAUUAAAAGAGAAAUUUUUACCGAUCAUGAAGUCUUGUGCAAAAAGUCUUGCACACGUAAUCAGUUCUUGUUCUGCAAAAAAGAGGCUUUCCAAUAUAAGGAGUUUUCUCGCUUAACAUGUCAGCUCAAGCAAAAAAGAAUUGACACAGCAUGUUUUGUGAAGAUUUCCCAAGUUUCAGUUGAUGGGGGAAUGGGUAAAUAAAGUGUAGUUGUUUGAGUCUUCACCACAAAAACUUUUUCAAAUUCGUACUUGUGUGAUUAGAGCAUGAAGAGCAAAACAUCUUGAUAUUACAACCCUGUUUAUAUUACUCUCUCAUGCAAACACACCUCUGGGCCAAUCAAAGUGCUAAUACUAUCUAAGUUAUUUUAUAAUUGGGGAUAGGGGAUGUUUGAUGCUGUGUAUCAAAACACCCACGCAAUAAACUGGCUGAAAUUCCUCAACAGUUUAAGUCAUUUAAGUUAUAUCUGCUGUUUAAAAUCCUCUCAUAUUUUGCAUGUUCUACUUUCCAGUGUAAAGAGCAUCUUAUAGUGGACUGGGGGUGGGUUGGGGGUAUGUAAGUCCUUAGUCUGAAUUUCAAAACCCAGGGGGGAGGGACUCCCUUAUGCAAAUGACAGGGAUACUUGCUGUCUCACUUAGGGGUGGAAAUUGCAGAUUUUGGUCUCAUUUAAAGUGUUCAAAAAUAAUGUUAUUUAGCUAAUAUUUUUGUCCCUCAUGGUAUCCUCAGGGUUGUGAUACUGUGUGGGAGUAUGGUCUACUUUCAGGUCAAAUAAUUAUAGUCUGAGCCACACCUUGGUUGCUCUUCUUUAGGAGUUUAAUAACAUUAUUCUAGUUUUUCAAUGAGCAUACCUGCCUGUUUCAUAUGAGAGCUCCUGCCUCCACCCUCCAUUCAAAACCCUUUGUUUCACAUAUUGAGGAAGAAUCCAUGCCCUUGGUGAUACUUUACUAUUAAUUUUUAUUUGCACUUGUCUCCCUUGCUGUCACAGUUUGAGUCCAUCAUUUUCUCUAAAUUUGUCUAUUUCAUCUCUCUUAUGUCACUUUUUCAAGGCUAUGUUACUGGUUGAAACUUAGACUAACUUGUCCUCAGUAUUUAAAUAUGUGACAGUGAGAUAAAAACAAAAUAAUUAAUUCCUACAUGCAAAGUGUGCUUUUUAUCCUGUUAUUGAGCUAAGAGUAUUAUAUUUCUUUCCAGUGUUCAUAGAACAUAUCUGAGUGUAUAUUAAAUUAUAAUCGUAAUAUUUAUUUUCUUGUAGGUUCCUCUCCUGAUUAUGCUUGUCCCAACAAUCGUUUUGGUAAGUGACAGUGUUGCGGCUUUUAGGGACUCAGUUUGCUGUCAGUGUGCUCUAUUUUUUUUUUGUUAAUAGUUUCUUUCCCUGAAAGAAAAAACGAAAUGUGUAUCUUUGUGGCAGUUCACAAGAACAUAGUAGGAUAGGUCCAGAUCUGCAUAGUAGGUUCUUUUGUUUGCACUGGAUGGUCCCCUGUGUGUGUAGUCACCAGGGUGAGGCAUACAUGUAGCACAUGUGCUAUAAUGUUAGAGCUUGAUGCACUUUGACAGUGUCAUUACACAAUAUCUACUUCUCAAUAAUAUUUUUACUGUCAUCUGUGAAAAUUUCCCUGUGUUUUUUUUCAAGAGUAAUGAGAAAGACCACCCAAAUUAUAUUUGUUUUGUUCUCAGGGGCAUAUAAUGGUGAUAAGGAUUAUGCAAACUGCAGAAAAGUAAAGUGGAACAAAGAUGUAAGUAAUCAAUAUUGACUUUCCCCUGGCAAUUUAGUUGAAUAACAAAAAGUCUUUCGUCUUUGUGGGUUCACUUUUGACUUUUUCCUAUGAUAAUUUCACAAAAUAUAUUUCAGUUUAAAAUUUCUCAACAAAAAUUUUGCUUCAUGGUCAAAAUGGUUACUAUUAAUAGAUUGUUGUGUGAGGUAACUCUGAAGACCAAGUGAAUUAUAAGGAUGAAUCUGGACAAUCAAAUUUCAUCUCUCUCUUGUAUUCUCAAAUUUGUGAAGAAAAAAGGCCAUGAAAAGAUUGGAACUGCGAUACUAUUGUUACCUCAAAAUGUUGUGAACUAUACUUUUAAAUCAUUAUUCAACAAUGUUUGUAUCGGUCAUAGAAAACCUUGAGAGUCACGAAGUUUAAGAAUUUCAUUUUCUAGGCCUGGAAAGUCAAGGAAUUUAAUAAUAUUGUUGGUCCUUAAAAGUCAUAGAAAAAUAAGUUUUUGUUUGGUAGAUUAGUUUAUACUACAAUAAUGUCAAAACAAAGACAAAGUAAGAUACAGAUUUUGUGUUUGUUGAACUGAGUUAGGCAAAAAAAUCCCCCAAAACAAGAAUAGUUUAGAAAUUUUUUGAAAGUGUGUGCUAAACCUAAAGUCGUGGAAAAAUGGAAAAGUCAUGGAAUUUGAAGAGCUCAAUAGUGUGUACUUGUGUAUUUAUAAUUAUUAUUAAUGAAUAAUAAUAAUUAUAAAUGUAAAACUUAUAUUGCUCAUACAGUAGAAAUAUUUUCAUAUGCACAUAACAGACGAUAAGAUAUAAAUAAGUCAAAAUAAUUAAAAGCUAUCAUAAAAAUAUAAGUUGAUUAAAUUCUAUGUUAAAAAAAUAAUAAAAUGAUAAAAUAAAAUAAAAACAGAUAAAAAUAAAAACUUGAAAAUAAAUGAAUAAGUCAAUUAAAAAGCUAUCUUAAAAAAGUAUGUUUUGAGAGAUCGCUUAAAAGACGUGAGUCUCUGUAAACCCUGUUCUAGGAUAUUGUUAAUGUUCACAGAUCAAAUAAUUUUGAGAGAUGCUGCUGAAAAGUGUUUCAUGGUGCUAUGUCCAGAAUACCCUAAAAUUGUGCAAAACAAAAAUAUUUUUUGUACUAGUCCACAUCUUAUUUUUCAACCCACUACUCAUUACUAAUUUGUAAUUUGUCCAUGUUAGCUCCUUUACUUUUUGUUUGUUUGUUUGUUUGUUAGUUCACAGUUUAUGUUUUUGUUGUUUGCAGGGUACCGGCAUGUCUUUUAAGUACUAUGAUAUUCCAAUGUUUGCUCUCACUGACGAGAAAGAAGUGACAGAUCUUGUAGAGGUAGAAGCCAGAAACUGUAAAAAUAGCUUGCUGUGAUCUGUUUUUAGUCUAAUGUAUAGUAAUUCAAUUGCAGAAUCUGGGUUUAUAUUGGUCUAAAGGAUGCUAGUACAGCAUAAUUACUUGGAAAAAAUUUCAUGUUCAUAAUUGAAUUUUUCAAUGUAACUGCCAUUUACUCUUAAAAGGGCAAUUCUUUGUAGGUUUCAAGUUGCAACCCUGCACAUCUUGUUGUCCAGCAAUUUUUCCAUACAUACCUGUAUAACUGUGCAGACGACAUUCCAACACCUGCAAAAUCUUAAUCCUUUGUGUGAGUCACCUCAAAAUUGGCCUUCUACUUAGGCCUACCUAGAAAAUCUGUGUUAGUUGCAUCCCAUAAUUUUUGCCUAUUGAUGCAGGACAAGAAGUACUUUUUUUGCUUAUUUUAUAGUUUUUCUAAUGUAUCCAUGCCAUUAACUGUAACAGGAUCAGUUCAGUCUGCAGAGCGCUUGACUACAGAGUGGAAAAUCACUGGUUCGAUUCCCAGGGCUGGACCAAUACCCAGAGUCUUGAAAUAACUCAGAAAUGCAUGGCUCUGAGGUGGCCAUCUUGUCUCUUGUCCGAGACAUAAGAGUAGUGUCCUAAAUUAGUACUUUCCUGCUAAAUUCUUUGUCACACAAAUAAUGUGAAUUUAAUCAUUUUAACAGUUACUGUACCUUGUUUUGACCACAGUGUUACCAGAAGCACAACAGCCAAGCAAAACCUGAUUACCCACUGUGUGCUGUUGAGCUAAAAGAUUUCAUGUAUGCUGCCAAAGAUACUCCAACAUGUAUAAGGAAAACCAAAAUGCCAAACCCUACAGGCAGUAAGUCUUCAAGAAGAUCUGAUUAUCUGUUUGUGGAAAGAGUAUUCUUUUCGCUUUAUAUAUAUUAUUCAUUGUAGCUUUCUGUGCUGCCUUAAAUGCCUGUGGAAAGGAAAGAUUAGUGCAGUUGGUUAGUGCCCGUAAAUCCUUCUUUUGACUUCUUUUUUUUCUGUGUAGCUUCAAGUAGCUUUAAACGCCCUUAAAACAGAGCACUGAUGGAAAUGGGUGGGGGAGGGGGGUAAAAUGAGCACACCCUUCGGCCUGCGGAUUGUUAGCGCGAUGGCUAUUUUGAGCUGCUGACAUAAAAUAUGGACUCUUUACCUUGUGAAUGAAAUUUCCUAUUUUGGGCUAGCUAGGCAUUAACAUUAAAUUUUACUUUCUACUUACAUUGUAGGUGAGUUUUGCCAGUCUCUAGGAGAUCAGAAUGUCUGGGGAACUCUGUACCCUAUAAAAGAACCUUUGGCUGAGAAGGAGGUGGUGAUGGUUGCUGCAAAGGUAAUGCUAUAAAUUAAUCCUUUUUGUCUCUGUACAGUAGUUAUAAGCCUGAAUACAAUCCAACCUCCUUGUGUAAUCAUCACCUCUUAUAAGGGACCACCUAUCUAAAACACCAAAAUUUUCCCAUUCAAUUUUCUACAGUUGAAAUCUCUUGUUGUAAAUGACCACCUGUCUGAGGUGACCGCAGCCGCAGAGUCUGAUCUCGUUGUUGCAUAUAUACUUUGCUUCUCAGAGAAUACAAAAAGCUUAUAGUUAUAACAGAACUUAAUUAUGGUAACUUGGAAACUGCAUGCAAUAUAUUCUCCUUCAAAAAAUAUAUCUUCCGGUACCUCUACUCAGAAAAGAACCCCUGUUGUUCAAUUCUUGUAAGCGACCACCUCCCAUGAACAACCUCUAAAUCUUUGCUUUGUAGGUGGUCGCUUACGGGAGGUUCGACUGUAUUUAUUUAACAUAAAGCACUAAGCUUUUUUCUAUAAGAACACUUAUAGGUGGCUCAAUCAUAUUUGAUGUGACUUUAUGGUGAAUUUAAAGUUUUGGUUUUAAACUUUUCAAACCAAAGUUAUUUUUGUAUACCUUGUCUGGAACUGUGGAAACUCAGGCUCAAUUGAAAUUUUGAAACCAAGGAAUAAUUAUCGGAAAACGUGAUAUCAAUAGUGUUUAACUGUGCUCAAUACCUUUACCUUAUAUAGCUGGAUUCCAGUUCAUUCUUUCAUGAUUUAACACCAGGAGUUGAAAAUGAUGGUACUGGUAUCAUUGUAUUGUUAGCUGCUGCAAAGUUGUUAGGAGAUAUGAAAAGAAAUGUAAGUAGGCUUUGCUCACCUUUACAAAACAAAAUAAUAAGAUCAUGCAGUGCUGACUAUAGUCUUUUUGUUUGCCUGUUGACUGGGUCUAAUAGGCUGAGUUCCAAAAAUUCUCACUUUCAAAACAAGUUUAAGUGCAAAACUGUUCUUGUGAAGAUGAGUUUUAUUUGUCUGCAGGUAAAAAAUCAAUAUCAUGUCAAAAACUUUGUACCUACAAUCUUGGACAGAAUAAAAUGAUGUAGUAAAUGAUAAAAUGAUGUAGUAAACCCCCACCCCCAAGUCAAGGAUGAAGCUGUGUGAGAGCUAAAACACACCUUUUUCCCCAUCCUUGAUUUGGAGGGAGUCAGAUUCAAAUUUUUUGUUAUCUAUUUUGUCCAAGAUUGUAGCCUCACUUUAAAACAAAAAUUCCGGUUUGAAAUUUUGAACGGAACGAUACAUUUUGGGUUACACACCUGACCCAAGCCACAGCAUAUAUGGUUAUUGUUCUUGUAAGCAGAAUACAAAAUAAUGGUACUUGGGAUAGGGACAUUUUGGUCCGACCAACUGAGAUAACCAGACCAGUCAAAGUGGACCACCUUCAAAACUGGUCUCAAAUAUUCUGGUCGGACCAAACUAAACCGAAAUAUUUCUAGAAUUUUGGGUCGAAUGGAAACUGCCCUUGGGCAACCUCAGAAAUGGCCUGCUAUUUACAACUGUAACUCAUCUUCCAGUCUUGUUAUCUUGACUUUUCUGUUAAAAAUACAGAACGGAAAAAAAAUGCACCUUAAACCCUAACUGGAGAGAAGUUGAAUUUUCGUCACCAGUGGGAUGUUACGUCAGCCUCAAAUGCUCUCAGGAAAAGAUCCCAUGCAAUAUUAGUAGAGAGUUUUAGAUCCGAGUUUACCGCGAACCUCUAACCGCUGGAGGUCACGUGACAAGUCUUUUGCGUCACGUUUGAGGUUUACGACAUGCGUUUUCAAUGUGGGGAGGUAGGUUUUCACUUACCUGAAAGCUUUUAGCGUAUAAUUCUUGUUUUAUCGCACGUAAUGAUACAAAAAUCUUGCAGAGCAAGUCUUUAUCCAUUAAGAGAGGCGCAAAUUUGGGCGAAAUCCUAAAUUUGAUAAAUCCUAUUCGAUCUUGAAAACAAGUGCCGUUCGUGGCUGCUGAUUCAAAAUGGCAGCCGCAAAUUUGCGAGGAGAAGUAAUGUAAGAAUUUACAGCUCUUUGCUGCUAGAUAACCCAGUGUUACCAUAAAUUUCUUUUAUUUUCACUGGUUGAUAUUUCUGCUAUUACUAAAUGGAAAAAUAAACCAGAAUUCACUUCUUUAAUCCACCACCAAUCUAAAUCGAAUUAUGUUUGAACGUCGAACCGCAAACGGGUAACCGCAAACCGCGGUUAGAGGUUCGCGGUAAACUUGGAUCUCUCUAUUCUUAGGACUGGAACUUGAUUAAACUAGUUGUGUGAUAUGAAAAGAUUAGUUUUAUAAUACAAUGUACAAGUCACAUGCAAAGAAAAGACAUGAAUGUAGGGACAGAAUGUGAUUUUUAAUGACACUUUAAAAUAUGCAAUUUCUUCCAGGGGUCUUUUCCAGCUCCCAAGAAUCCAAUUAUGUUUACACUUUUUAACGGGGUAAGUCUCUGAAGAAAAUCCUGAAAAUAUACUGUAUUGGACCCUUUAAGACCCAAGAGCGACCAAGAUCAAUAUUCUCCCCUGACCAUAUCAAAUAUACAACAUCAAGAGAAAAGGUUAGGAGAAUUUAUGAAAUGAUAAUCUACGAGAAAAGCUUUGGUCUUUUGUCAAUUUCUCUGAGCUUAUCAAUUCUUUACCACUGUGUAAAAAUUAUCAUUUUAUAGCUAGGCACUAGCACAAAAAUGUAUGUUCUUUUAAUUAGCUUGUAGACAUCUUAGUGUUAUCAUAAUGCAUAAUUUUAUGUAACAAUUUCUUGUUUUCUUUUCAAUAGCUAUCAAAACAUGUAAAAAUCUCUAUUUGGAUGUAACAGUAAACGUUGUUGUUGUUGUUAAGAAAAUGUAUAAAUUUGCACAUCAGUCUAGAGAGUUUGAAUAUGGAUAUAGAGUAUUAAAAGGUAAUUGAUGUGAAUAAUGUUUCAUCUGGUACCAUAAAAUUCCGAAAAUAAGCCCCUCCAAAUAUAAGCCCACCGGGGGCUUGUACUUGGAAAGUUGUCCUCAAAUACAAAGUAAAACAAAGCAAAAAUGGUAAAUUUACUUCCAACUAUAAGGCUAGCCCAAUUGAUUUUGAAGUGCAAAUUUCCCUCCGUAGACAGGGCUGUCAAUGAGAGGCAGUGGCUGGGGAUUUCCCCUGGCUACUAUGAACGUCUUCCCCGGCUACUUUCAAACGAAAAUUAAAGAAAAAUAGAACCGAAAGAAAUUCCUAGCUGUUUCAUUCCCCACCCACUUGUUGUAUUUGCCCGGCAACUUGAAAUCUUGGUGACAACCCUGGUAGAUAUAAGCCCCUCAAAAAGGGCCUUUGAAAAAUAUAAGCCCCGUGGCUUAUUCUCGGUAUUUUAUGUUAUCUACAUUAUCUGAUUCAGCUAAGGAGAAAUGCUUUUAGUCUAGAUUUGAAAGAGGGAAAGUAGCAGCACUUUAUCAUGCAAUAAUCCCUAUCACCCCUCAUUACAGGAAAGCUGGGAUUACAUUGGCUCAUCUCGAAUGGUAUAUGAUAUGGUGCGUAAUAAGUUUCCUUCAGAUGAUCAAACAUGGAAGGUAUGCCAGCUCGUUUGUCCAUUUGUUUAAUAUUAUUUAUUAAUCGCCUUGUCCAUCUGCCCCUAAUUCACGAAACAAAACAAAAUGAAAAUCUCUACUUUGCAAUUAUUAAUCUGUACUUGGUGAAAUGAGAAUCUGCUAUUUGGAAAAUAUAAAUCUGUAUAUAUUUGGAAAUGAAAAUCUGUUCUUUUCUAAAUGAGUAUUGAGUGUUUACUGUUGUUGAUAUUUCCAGGGAUUCUACAUAAAAAUGUAUCACACAUUAAAUGGAGUUUAUGUUUAUCAUGAAACCAGUUCACUGUAAUGCUGGUAUUUUUUCAUUUAGCUUUAGUACAAAUUUUCAUAAAAAUUUUUGAACUUGUUGAUAAAAUGUCAGGUGCAGCCAUUCUUGGUCAGGGCAGUGCUCUAAGAAAACUUGAGGGGAGCCCACAACAACAACAGUUUAUUUCUACUACUGUAUACAACUAAAAGAAUUACAAGAAUAUAAUUAUGAAUAAACAGUACAUACAACAGUGGGACACCCAAAAUAACUAAAAAUCUAAACUAGUAAACUAGUUGGGUGACCGUAAUUAUGAUAAUUAAAAAUGUGAAAGUGAGGAUAAAGAACAACAAAUACAUUGGUACAUAUAAAUACUGUCCCCUGAUUUGAACUGUUAAAAUUGAGGUUCCCCACCACAGAUUUCCUAUGAAAAAAGGAAGAUCUAUGUCCUCGUGGCUCAAGAGCAAAGAUACAGUAAGGUGUCUGGGUAAUAAGAUGCUACUACGUGUAGAGUACAACCCUGAUGGUAUUACACUAGGAAAAAAAAAGGCAAUUCCCACACUUUGCUCACAGUGGACACACAAAAUAUAAGAAGGACAAGACUUUGGUAGACAAAUUUAUAUUUAUCACUCUACAUGUAUUGUUUAUUCUGUCAACCCAAGCAUUGAGCUGAUGCCUUUGUUCUUAAGAAUUGGGGGGUAUGGUCUAUUUAACAAUUAUUCCUUGAGUCCGAAUGGGCUCUGAGUCAAUAGCCCAUGAGGCAGAAGGCCGAAUAGGCUGUUGACUCAAAGGCCGUGAGGACGAGAGGAAUAAUUGAUUUAGUAAAAUCCAACUAGUUGGUCAAAAAUAUCGAGACGAAACAACUUUAGCUAGCAAAACGCAAUUAAGCCACCAUUGUUUUGGUUUUUAAAGCUGGCACUUUUCGCUACAAGUGGGCUAUAACAUAUAGCCUAGUAGUAGCUCAACCAAUGAGAAUGCAGCAUUGAUAGUAGACCACUAGUUGGAUUUUACUAAAACAUAUUAUCCAGUCCAAGGAAAUAAAAAAAAGUUUACUCACUGAUGUUGUUUUGUUGUUCCAAACAAUAUUUUUCUUAGGUUGGACGUUCCAAAAAAAAGAAUUUCACGAUGGAGACUUCAAAUAUCAAGUACUUUAUAGAAGUUAACCAAGUAGGGUUGAUAGACGAUGAUGGUCCUUUGUGGGUCCAUUCUGAUCCAGUGUCAAUAAAGAACACCGGAAGUCAAGUAGGUGAAACACAAGCUUGUCUUGCCACUUAGUGAUGAGGGAACACUGAGCCAAGGAUGUUUCUAUUUUUUUUUAAUAGCAAUAAAUGAACUUACUAGUAGCUUUUCAUUCAGUGUUAGCAGCUCGCAUCCAUAUAAAUUUUUGUGUCAUACUGAAAGUAAUCGUACAUGAAACAUCUUUCUUGAUAUUACUGUGAGACUUGGAACAUUAAUUUUUAGAAAUAUAUCUGGAAUGUUAUUCUGAAGCCCACUAGGCAUUAAAAAAUCCAAACCAUAAACACCAAAAGAAAAUAGUUUAGUUCUGUGAUCUGCUGGGUGCCCUAGUCAUUCUUGUUCCUGGUCACUACACAAUCAACAUUCCUGGAAUUUUACAAGGGUUCAUGGUUUAUUUCAGCUUGCACCACAGACGAAGAUAAACCUCUGGUUAAGUCUGUCUGCAAGCCAACACCAAAAUCCCUGUUCUGCGCUCCCUGGCUGUGUUCCAGGAUUUCAGUGUGCCCUUUGAUUGGCCUGUUGAAAAUGCCAUUGUUCAAUUGGCCAAUCAGGUGGUAGGGAAAUUUAAAACAUAGAUCAGGGAAUUCAUUGAGACAAGUGGGGAUCCAGAUAACAGAUCUUGGCACUGCUUUGUGGAUAUUACUAUCACCUACCCCUCCCCUAACCCAACAUUAACACUUACAUUCACUUAGUGCAAAAUAUUGGCUUACGGGAGGGGUAGGUGGGCAGUUUCCCAGAAAUGUACAAUGAUCCAUACUAGCUGGGGUUUAUUUUGUCUGCAAUUCACGCCCACUUUUUUUCAACUUUGACUGAAAUUUCUAUUGGCAAAUGCAAUGUGCUUUUUCAGGUAAAGGAUCUGCUUAAGGCUUUUCAAAAUGCUGGAAGGUUAUAUGGUUUGAAUGUCAGUGAACCUGAUACUACACAGCCUUUGCCACCUGCAUCAUUUCAAAGAUUCUUGAGAUCUGAUAAGAAGAUUCCUGGGGUUGUACUUACAGAUCAUAAAGAGCACUAUUCAAACAAGUAAGAAACAUUUGUGUCAUGCAAACUCAGUUGUGGAUCCAAGGGAGAGGCCCGGGGGGUCUGGCCUCCCCCAUUUAUUUUAGACCAAACUGAGGCCCAAAGGGCCAAAAAAUAUUUUUUUGAAGACCCCCCCCCCCCUUAUCUCAAGGUCUGGAUCCAGCACCCAUAGUACCCCAGUAUCCCUGGGCAUAAUGUUGUUUUUCAUUUUUCGUAUCAAAUCAUUUAAUGCUUUCUGUAUAUUUUUAAGGCUUGGAAAUUUGGCAUGAGAUUUUUGAGCGGGUACCAACUACCACUGCCUAAAACAAAUUUUCUCAAGCGCUCAUUUUCUUAUCGGUUUUUGGUCCAACUGUCAUUGUUUUGGGUUUUGUUGGAAACCCUAAGAAUUUUUUUUAUCAUGUUUUUAGUUUUUCCCUUAUUUCUUGCUGUUAUAUUGUAUUGUUAUCCACUAGUCAAUUUUUAUAAAUUGUAAAAUCACACGGCAUGUCUGAAAACCAGCUUGGGAUUAAAAAUAAAGUUGAAUGAUUGAUUGAUUGAUUGAUUGUUUUGGUCCAACCAUUGUUUUGGUUUUGUUGUCAGCCCUAAAAAUUUUUGUUUUGAGCUUUGUUAUCUUGAUCAUCCCUAUAUUCUCCAGAGACUGAUUAAAUCCAUAAAUUUCCUUGAAGAAUAACAGUCAAACCCUGUUAUCUACAUACAUUAAGGGACCAGAGAAAAGAAUAACAGUCAAACCCUGUUAUUACGGAAGGGACCAGAGAAAGCGUCCAAAUUAAGUGGGUUGUGCUGUUAAAAUAAAAUACCUCUUUAACUAGAACAAAAAACCAAAGAAUUCAGAUAAAGAAGGACAUAAGCGUUGUCAAAUUAAACUUCUCUGACCCUCAUAAAGCCAUCACUAUAAUGUUUUUAUUUAUAAUAAUCAUAUGACUAUUGCACAGGUUGUCAAAAUGUCAGUCACUGUUAGCAAUAGUCCUAUUCAGGACUACAUUCACCUGGAUAAUCAUGCUUGACCUACUCAUGAAGUGACUCCCGUGUCCAAAUCUGUCAACGUGGUCACUAGUUUCUUCUCAAACUAACCUACUGAUCUCGCAUUUUCAGAUUCUAUAAUAGUCACUUUGAUGACCUCUACCAAGUAGGAGGCAAUUUCUCAAAGGAGAAUGAUACAGUUUAUCUUUUAAAUGACUUUACAAAGGUAUGUGUUUAAUUUUCAUAUUAAAAAUACAGUCCACCCUUUCUGAAUGGUCAAUUCUGUAAGAGUACACUUUCCAAAAAUGUUUUGUGGAGGUGUUCGUUGCCUCUCUUCUGUAACUUUGCCUGCUUUAUGUUAACCCUAAACACAGAUAUUUUUCUUACAAGUAUGUUAUGAAGUAGACUACGAGCAGUCUUUCUUUUUUCUUGGUCCAUCGAGCAAAACACCCGAGACAUUCAAAUGACCACGCACGUGACUGAAGGCGCGACAUGGGAGAGGCAGUCGUUUCUCAUGUCUCGCAGCUUGGCUGCUCAACGCUCACGUGCGGGUGCACUCCCCUUACUAAAUCUGAAGGAAAAGAGAGGCUGCUCGUAGUUUAGUUAUGAAGCUGAGAUUUUGUUAGCCUGAGAAAACAGCUGACAUCUUAUGAUGUCACCACUGGUUUCCCUGUGAAAUGACGUUUGAGGAAUGACAGUUCUGUCAUUAAGUUUUUAAGCAGCUGUAGCAAAUGAAGAUUCAACUGUAACAUAAUACAAAAAUUUAUAGUGCCACCUUUAGCUUCCUACUUUGAUCACCUGUAACAUCAAGGUGAGCUCAGCUGUACUCGGGUUUAUGGGUUACGGCCCUUAAUGACAGCUCUGAAUGAGUACUGGUGACGCGUCACUACCCAGAUCUGAGAAGUGCUUCAGAUAGAAUGAAACAUUUUCAACCAGCCAAAUCCAGCCGAGGAAUUAAUUUCUUUGCUAUAAUUAAAAGCUGCUUGCCAGAAACUGAAAACAAAAUCGAAAAUCUUGAAAACAAAAUAAGCUUUUUCGGAGAGGUGUCACUGAAACACCAACACUACUAUUGGUAGUAUUUAACAAUUUUCCAAGAGCGCAUUGGUUAUGAGAUGGUAGAUAGCCAACAAGGCGCUUAGCACUGAUUUGGCUAUAAUCAUCUCAUAUCCAACAAGCGCAAGUGAAAUAAUUGUUUUAUCAAAAACGCACAAAAUAUCAAGAAUUCUCUCAGACUUUAAAAACAACCGAUUUUCAGCUAGUUUUUAAGUUUGAGCAGAUGGGCACAGUUACCAUACUAAUUGUAGAGCAUGGUAUAAUGGCUCAUAUACCAUGAUGGCUAAGCCAAUCAGAGCUCUAGAAUUGCAAUAUCCAUAGAUAGCCAACAAGGCGCUUAGCACUGAUUUGGCUAUAAUCAUCUCAUAUCCAACAAGUGCAAGUGAAAUAAUUGUUUUAUCAAAAAUGCACAAAAUAUCAAGAAUUCUCUCAGACUUUAAAAACAACCGAUUUUCAGCUAGUUUUUAAGUUUGAGCAGUGGGCAUAGUUACCAUACUUGGAGAGCAUGGUACAAUGGCUCAUAUACCAUGAUGGCUAAGCCAAUCAGAGCUCUAGAAUUGCAAUAUCCAAUGAUUCAGUUUUUGAACAGAAUUAUUUUACAAAUGGGUUCAUGGCCAUGGCCAACCAGUUGUAACUAAUGGUAAGAGUUCCAACUCGUGGGUGAAACCAAAGGCCUUGACUUGGAUGUCUUUCAUUGUAGAAACUUGCAAAGAUUGCUGCAACAUUAGCCAGAACUCUGUAUAUUUUGGCAAAUGAUAGUCAACCUCCUGAAUAUGAAAUUAAUGCAGACAAUGAUACAGAAGCUGUGGUAAGUGUCUUGUUAGUUUACUAAGAUACAGUUUCACCAAGAUUCUUUGCUACUUGAAAGUAUAACCGAACUUACCAUAAGUGACCGCACAACAUGCAAAGAUUCAGGGGCAGCUUAUAGGAGUUGGUUGCUUAUAAGAAUAAACCAGGGCCAAGUUGUUUGAAUGCCGGUAAGCGCUAACCCAGGGUUAAAUUUUAACGUGGGUUUCUUUUUCUUUUUAUCAAAAGCACUCUCUCUGAUAAUUUUCUCUAUUCUUUUUAGUGCAUCCACUCAUCAAAUUGUAGGCAAAGAGAAUGAAACUUUUUAGCUCUCAUAUCUGAGUUCAAAUUUCGCACUAACACUGGGUCAUCUUAACCCAGCUUUGCACAACCCGGCCCAUAUCCAUGUCCUUUAAUAUGUACCUACAAUCCUGGACAAAAGUCCUUGGGACAGUACUGCAAUAUUCAUAUUUUUCUAUCAUUCCUUGGCUUCCUCUUAAAACAGUGCAUUCUUUCGAAAUGUUCUUGCAGUUCUCCCUCCCCCACCCUAUACAAAGUUGAAACUCGGAAAAGAUUCUGGAUACACGUAUCCAACAUUGUUUGUGGGGUGAGGGGAGGGGUUGGACCUGUGUGAAUUGAAAAACGCCCCAGAAAUGCAAAAGUGUCCUAAGACGUUUGUCCGUGAUUGUACCUUUUAAAGAAGAAUUCAUUGCAUACAAUUUCCAAGUUACAAAAUGUGUUGCUCUGUAGUUCCACUCAACGUUAGAACUUCAGGUACUCGGAGGAGGGUAUCAGAUACAGUGAACAUGGAGAUCAGACUGUUAUAUCAAGUGAUGGCUUAUAGGAAGAAAAAUAAUGGAAAAACUAUUAAACUGACACCUCAAAAAUAAUUGCAGUGUCUUACAAGAGAUGGUUGUUUACGAGAGGCUCUAUCUAAAGUAAUUUGACUGAGAAAAUUGUGGUGUUCUAUAUGGGUGGUUGCUUUUGAAAGGUGGUUGCACGUGGAGGUUCAAGUAAUAUAUCAAGAUUCAUCCACCUGACCCCAAUGGUCGUCAGUUAUUGACUUUUUGACUGCAUGAAUAAUUAAUGAAUUUUAGAUCCAUACAUUAUAAACAUGAGUGUGUUUAGAGGAGGUCAGUGUUGUGUGGAGAAGGGUCUUUGAAUAAAGGCCACAGUGUUUCAUCCAAUAUCGAAACUCUUCUCUGUUGAAUGAGUAACUUUGAGGUAUCUGAAUAUUGAAUACACACUGUCUUCCUCAAUUGUCAGAUGUUCUUGUAGAGAAAUGCGGCAGAAUUCUAUCUGAUAUCCAGUUCUUCUUUAUACUCUCUUUGUUCUCCAUGGAUUUCUCUGUGAUCUGUCAGCACUCAUGGUAUUGAAGGUUUACUGGACUUCAGUGACUGUGGCCCGGUUCAGACGCCGUACUUUUCAUGAGCCGAACCUAAUUCGAAUUAAGACCGACCUAAAUUAUUUGGACCGGCUGAAUUGAUUCAGACGCCGAUCUUAAUUCCAGCCGAACUAAAUUCAAGAGGAGAAAUAUCCUCAUUUCGGUCAAACUGCUUAGAAAAAAACGUUAUAAUAAUUUAUGCAUUAGGUUAGGUACAUGAAAAGUUCGGCGUCUGAAUCAAAGCCGUUCCAAAGUGGUUCCAAAGGCAAAAUUCCCGGCCAGGCUAGGCGAAACAAACGGCUGAGCCGUUCCAAAUUGAAACAGACCUGUGUUCCUAAUUGAUUCAUACGCCGAACUUUUCAUGUACUUAAUUCAAUGUAUUAGGUUCGGCUCAUGAAAAGUACGGCGUCUGAACCGGGACUGAGGUUAAAUGUUUUUUUUGUCCACACAGAUUGGUCAUCUUGCUUACUGCUUCUUCGUUCGCGCCAACUGCCCUCUUUACAGAGAGGUCUUUUCCAGCAAGUCGUGGAAUUCCUUGAAGGACUGUAAGUACAUGGUUCUUAUGUUUGAUAAUAAUUGUUUCUUUUAUUCACUUGUGCAAUCACAAUUUGCUGCUGUUGAGAUCAAGUAAAAUUUGAGGAGAAAUUUGAGGCUAAGCCACACUAUUGCUGGUUUGCACGUGACGUCACGGCGGCCAUGUUGGUGGUCAAGAACAAAAGCAUUUCUCUCCUCUGGGAACUAAACUCUAUUUUCAUGUACAUUCUUCCAGGAAAUAUUCUUUUGUUUUGACCCCCAACAUGGCCGCCUUGUCACGUGGUUGCAAACCAAGAAUUUGUUAUCUUUUUUCCCAUCAAUUGAAUUCCAAAAAAAAAUUGGUACGGUUUUCUUAUUUAAUGCUAUAUUUAAGCAUUGAAACGUUUUCCUGUGGGCUGUUGCUACUGAUGGCAAGGAUGGACAUCAUUUAAAACUUGGAAAAGUUGGGGCAACUUUUUCAAGUUUUAAAACUAUGCCUGCAAAAAUGACCACAACACUGCUAUGGUUAGUUCUCCCUGUAACCUGCGUAUCAAGCGCAAAAAGAGGAGGGAGAGGGGGGAGGGAGAAAAGCGCGAAAGAGGGAAAAAGGGAAGGGAAGUGCUAAAUGAUGGGAGAAAUUUUGAUCUUAUAGCAGGCGUUCCUUACCAUCUCUCUCCAAUCCCCCUCUUUUAUCCCUUCCUCCCUAUCCCCUAUCCCUUUCGAUGCCUACUACGCAGGCUUUGCUCCCUGGUGAAAUUUGUUUGACAUGUUCUUCACAACUCUACAACAGCAUUUUGUGCAUGGGUUAAGGCACAGAUGAAUGACUCAGCACAGAGUUGACCUAAACCAGAAAUAUCAUCAUGACCUAGCCUGUUCAAACAUAAAGGGGGAAUUUUUAGUUUAUCCAGUCAAGAGAGUUUUGAUGCAGCAAAAACAAUCCACUAAGGAUGUGGACUAUGAUCAAAUCCUUGAAGGAGACCAUCACUUCUGAGCACAAGGAAGCGUUGUGGAAGGAACCUCAAAGUGAGGCAAAAUAGAUACCAGUUCCCUGCCAAGAGAAAGCAAAGCCCCUUAAAAAAAUUGUACGGAGGCAGGAAAGGUGAUGUCGAAAACGGAGAAAAGUUUCAACAAGACAUUAAUUUUGUGAACUAUCAGACCCACAGGUGUAUCUUCACAGCUAAAUAAAUACAGCAUGUUCAGAUAUGAAAUCACUGACUGUUGUGUUUUCGCUUACAGAUACGGAACCAUUUCCACGCUAUGUCAGUGUUAGCAGCUCUGACAACAUAUUUACUUCGGCAAUUUAUUAUCUUCUUCUGUAUUUUACUGGUGACCGGUCGCCUUUUAAGAGUGGAGAAUGUUCUGGGAGUGUAGAUGAGGUGGGUUAUAGUUAGGCUCUAAAUCAGUAUCUUGUUUUCUCAAGACCGCAAGGUGCAAGAUUGUCUAUCUUCCCACAUAGGCGGCGGAGAAGGGGAAGCAGGACACAAAACUUUUGGGGGAAGCUCUGCCAAACAAUCCCCCUCCCCCCCAAGAACUACCCAAGAAGCACCAUGAAGAAGGAUCGCCUGAACAACUGCUUAUAGACACACUAGACACUGUGAAGAUUGCAAAGAGAUCUGCUGGUGGCAACGAACAGCGCAAAGGGCAUUUUGGAAAAUUUGUGUUUCAAAACGCUCCGCCGCCUCUGCGGACGCACAGAUAAUUCCAACCGUUCAGAUUACUUCUGCAUCUAGGUUUCAUUUUUGAUUGUGCAACUGAUGCAAGCUUUUGUCUUUUAGCAAUCCUUUAUCCUCUCUUGUUCUAUGUCUUUUCUCCUCCUCAUCAUCCCUGCUAUCCUGCUUUAGAAAUACCCUACCCCCCCUCCUCCCCAUCCCCCUCCCCUCUGCCGUGAUUAGAUGAUUUCAUUACAUACCCAAAAAGUAUGUAGAAACAAGGAUACUAUUUCGCUUCAGGGGGUUUUGAUUGGACAAUUUUUGCUCUCCUGAUAUAGUUGUUGUUUUAUUUGCCAAUGCCUUGGGCACUUUCUCUCCCCUUUUUAGGGCAUCGUUAAUGCUUCCAUGCAAGGAAAAGAUUUUAAGAGCUCAGGCCUUUGUGUGACUGGUGCAGUUUAUCUGUCACCAGCCGUGUCUCCAGCGUUUGUUUUAGAGAAAUAUGACUCUACUGAGUACUCUACAUGGGCUGAAAGCACGUAAGUCUUAACAUCCACAAACAAAUUCUCCAGACUUAACUCUAUAUACUGUCUUAGUGAAUAAGUUGGGAGAAUUUGAUAAAUGAUCAAAGCGUAUCCUCUUUUGUGAUCAUUUAAUCAGUUGUCAUAACUUUUCCCUUGAGUAUGCACUGACAUUAAAGGUUUAAAUGCUGCCUCCUACGUAGUCUCCUUCGCAGCCGUUAUUAGGGUCGUCACGCAACGUUCCUCCCCACUAAGUGGGGAGGAGCGUUGCGUGACGACCCUAAUAACGGCUGCGAAGGAGACUACCUCUUACGCAAACUAAGAUAAUUUCAUUCACAGGAUCAAAAGUCUUGUGUAGCAUAUUUAACAGCACCACGGAAAGUAUUGCUCUGUACCGCUCAUUUAUUUCCUUUACCACUCAUUUUUUCCAAUCUCCUGACUUUUCCUAUCCCCCAAGUGAAAUCUUAUUGCGUGACCAUUCAAAUGAAAGCUAUCUAAGCCAAUGGCACUGUUUAUUAUGCUGAACAAGUUGGUUCUGACUUUUGAGACUGUGGAUGAAAUCCUGAAGUGUGACCGUUCAGUUGAAAGCUACAUAGUAGUACUUUCCUGUGGAUCUGUUUGUUUUUCUGUACCGUGGCUAUUAGCAACAUACUAAGGGGUGUACGGAGCCCUGCGUUGAACUCACCUGUCAUCCAGUAGAAGAAAAUUUGGUUAUCAGUGCAUCCAAUAAAUUUUUGUUCUGACAAAAUCAUUCAUACGUAUGUCCGUACGUUCGCAUGUACGUACGCCCUUCAUGAUAGCAGAUGUAGAAUUUCUUAUUUACUAGCGUAAAAAUCCAAGGCAUAUACAAAUUGUGUCUAACUUGAUAUUGGGCAUACAUGUUUUAAUCAAUUAAUAGCUGUAAAAACUGGGUAUCUGCUGACCAGUAUAUUUUUCACUUGCCAAGUUUCAGCUUGUGAGCUGCAACCGUUCUCUUGCCAUGAUACUCACAAACUGCCAAAACUGUGUUCAGCCACCUUAAAUUUAAGCUCUAGAAAUCAGAGCAGAUUUGGACCUUCUCUCUCUUUUGAUUCCUAAGAUGGUUCUAAAAGUGUAAUGAUUCAAGAAAAAUUUAUCUGAUCAAGUGAUAAUUUGUAUACUGUUGAUCAUUAAUUUUGCACCAUUGUUUGAAAGCAGUGUUUUAUAAUUUUUUUUGAUCACCUUUUUCUUGUUUACUCAGCUGGGGAGACGAUCUUACAGUAAGACUCUUCCUUGUGGGAAGUCCUCAACUUGAGGUAAUAUAAAUUUGAAGGGGCAUUUGACACCAACAGUUCCGUGCUAGCAGAGAUUUUCUCUGGUAUUCAGUGGACAGAAGGAAAAUAGACCCCCUUCUCCUCUUGGCAUUCCCACCUGUUUUUAUUUGCUCAUUUUCUAUUUUAAGAAAUUCUCAACUUGAAUCUGACGUUUGCUGUUUGCCGUAUACGUGAAGCUUAAACUCUUUAAUGUUGGAAGUUGUUGCGUCCCUUUGCACGUGGCUUAGGAAAGAAUAAUUUCUGCCUUAAGCAUUUCCUCAUGUUAAAUUUAUUGUAAUAAUUUUUGAAUCUGUCACUUUUCUCACUGCCUUUCUUGUUUUCAGGGUGCAACCCUUGCUGCAGGAUUGAUCAUCACCUUAUUUUCAUUUGGACUUGUGUACUUGAUCAACAAAAAGGCCAGUGUGCUUUUCACUCCAAAUAGCCCCCUUGACGCAGACGUGGAUAGCUGAAUCACUGACUAUGUUUUAAUUCUCAUAACUGUGUCAUUAUAAAGCCAACACACAAGAAAUUAGAAGUGCUGUUCCAUCUUAAAAUAAUUAGUGAAGAUAAAAACAAUGACCCGAGGGUUUGUAUUGUAGAUAGAGAUGAACCCCUGCGAAGUGACACCUCUCUUAACCAUUUUAAUCAAGAACGUGUUCAAUGGAAAAAUGCAACAAAAUUACUAAAAACUACUAAACAAAUCAGUAGCAGCAUGUGAUUGUACCGUCUUAGAGGUUCCGUUUGAAUGUUCACACCAUGGGGUUUGGUGCUCAGACUCUAGAGUUAGAACAUCGUACUAAACAAAUAGUACCAUGUGAAAGUACUGCUGAAAAGGUUUUAUUUGAAUGGUAACAUCAUAAGAUUUCAUUGACAGACUCAAAAUAGUAAAUAGUACCAUUUGAAGUACUAACAAGAUAUUCCAUUUGAAUAGUAACACCAUAGGAUUUCAUCCACAGACUCAAAAGUUAAAACUACAAGCUAAAUAAAUAGUACCAUGUGAAAGUACUGCUGAAGAGGUUUCAUUUGAAUGGUAACACCACAGGAUUUUAUCAACAGAGUCAAAAGUUAGAAUGUCAUACUAAAUAAAUAACACCAUGUGAAAGUUCUUGCUAUAAGAAGUUUCAGUUGAAUGGUAACAACAUAGGAUUUUGACCAUACACCCAAAAGUAAGAACUACUAGCAAGACUCCAUCAAUCACGUUGGGAGCAAGCGGCUUAGGUGGAGACCUCCCAUAUACAGACGCAAACGUACUUUGUGGAAAUUUCACCACUAAACCUUUGUAUUUUUAACCUGCGGCGAGUAGCCUUAAGACCUGGGGGU